AUGCCUCCUGAGCAUACAUCGCAUCCUACGGUUGUUGACAAUCAGCUGAUGGUACAAAUCAUGACCUCUGAAGCAUAUGUCAUGUCCAUUGUCAUACCUCAUAUUGAACACUGUUGGCUUGGUGUAGAUAAAUCACAGUUGGUUGUGUGA